AUGCAAUCCCUCCCCCGACACCGAAUGGCCAGCGCCCUGCCGCAAGGUCGACUCCACGCGCGCCCCCGUCUCUCGGCCACAUACACCCUCACCCGUCGCGCAAGCUCACAAACCCGGCUGGAUCUACCGGCCUUGGAUAAGAAAUGGCAAGCCCAGUGGCAAGCAAGCGAACGACCGCCGCCCGACGAGACGAAACGCAAAUCCUACAUUCUAUCCAUGUUCCCAUACCCGUCUGGAACGCUGCACAUGGGCCAUUUGCGCGUAUAUACGAUCUCAGAUGUGAUAUCCCGAUUUUGGAAAAUGCGUGGCCAUGAAGUUGUCCAUCCGAUGGGGUGGGAUGCCUUUGGGCUGCCGGCGGAGAAUGCGGCAAUCGAGAGAGGUAUUGAUCCUGCGGUGUGGACGCAGCAGAAUAUCCAGAGGAUGAAAGAGCAGUUGAAGUGUAUUUCUGCGGAAUUCGAUUGGGAUAGGGAAUUGGCUACGUGUGAUCCUGAUUUCUACGAACAUACACAGCGGAUAUUUUUGAUGCUUUAUAAGAAGGAUUUGGCAUACCAGGCUGAAGCACUGGUUAAUUAUGACCCGGUGGAUAAGACGGUUUUGGCGAAUGAGCAGGUUGACGCGAAUGGCUUUUCGUGGAGGUCUGGGGCGAAGGUUGAGAAGUUGAAUUUGAAGCAGUGGUUUUUCCGGAUUACGGAAUUCAAAGAGGCGCUUUUGAAAGAUCUGGACUCUUUAUCUGGGGGCUGGCCUGAACGUGUACUGACCAUGCAGCGCAAUUGGCUUGGCAAGUCAUAUGGUGCUAAAGUCACGUUUCCUGUCACUGUCAACGAUGGUGAGAAGGUGGAUGUGGAUGUGUUUACCACUCGACCAGACACAUUAUAUGGCGUGGAAUACCUUGCGCUCUCGUUGAAUCAUCCGAUCGUACUGAAGGCUGCGGAAAGUGAUGAAGCACUACGCAAGUUCCUGAGCGAAGCUUCGUCGUUUGCACCAGACUCCAAGGCAGGAUACCGACUCUCUGGCGUCGAGGUAUCACAUCCCAUGUGUAGCAUUGACAUGGAGACUCCUCACUUGCAGAGGAAGCUUCCUGUCUUUGUGGCGCCAUACGUUCUAAGCGAUUAUGGCGAAGGAGCUGUCAUGGGUGUUCCAGGCCACGACACCAGAGACAUGUCGUUUUUCAAAGAGAAUGCCAAUCCUGAAUCUAUUCCGGUAGUGAUUGAGGCUGAGUUGAGUGGCAAUGAAGCCAUCAGCGUGGGUCUGAAAUCAGACUCCAAGGCUUUCACUCAAGAAGGCUUCCUGAACUCACGUUGUGGAAAGUACCAAGGGAUGCAAUCCAAGGAGGCUUCGAAGCUGAUCGUCGAGAAUCUACAGCAAGUUGGACAGGCGAAGUUUGUCGAGAGUUGGCGUCUGCGAGACUGGUUGAUCAGUCGCCAGCGGUACUGGGGGGCACCAAUUCCCAUCAUUCAUUGCGGAGAUUGUGGUCCAGUGUCAGUGCCCGUUGAGGAUCUUCCAGUAAAACUGCCAAAGAUUGAAGGAGACUGGCUCAAGGGCAAGAAGGGCAACCCACUGGAAACGUCGGAAGAAUGGCUACACACCAAAUGUCCCAGCUGCGGAGGACCAGCCAAGCGGGAUACAGACACCAUGGAUACAUUUGUGGACUCAUCCUGGUACUUCUUGCGCUUCUUGGAUCCGGCCAACAAACAACUUCCAUUCUCUCCUAAAUCAGCUCAGCCAGUUGAUUUCUACAUUGGUGGCGUGGAGCAUGCAAUUCUGCAUCUACUCUACGCUCGAUUCAUCUAUAAAUUCCUUGCUGGAUCAGAAUUGUUCCCAGCCGGACAAUCUGCCGGCGCAGAACCCUUCAAAAUCCUCCUCAGCCAAGGCAUGGUACAUGGCAAGACCUUUACCGAGCCCUCCACAGGACGUUUCCUUCUGCCUGAGGAAGUUGAUCUCACACGUCCAGACAAGCCCCUGAUCAAGGGAACGCAAGUCUCGCCUAGCAUCUCUUUCGAGAAGAUGUCAAAGAGCAAGUACAAUGGCGUGGACCCAACGCUGACUACAGCUAAAUAUGGUGCCGAUGCCACCCGCGCGCAUAUCCUAUUCUCCGCACCAGUCAGCGAGGUUUUGGAGUGGGAUGAAACUAAGAUCGUAGGAGUCGAGCGCUGGUUCGGUCGACUCUGGAAGCUCGUCCAAGAUACCCAGCAAUCUCUGGCCAAUUCCUCGUUUGCCAUCUCCGAUGUCCAAGCUUCCAACAGCCCUGCUACUCUCCUCCCACCCUCUCUCCAGGACCUCAGUGACGCUGACGCUGACGCUGUACUGGCCACUCACAAUACCAUCGCAUCAGUCACUACAUGCAUUGAAAGCAACCCCUACGGUCUGAACACCGUUGUAUCAGACCUAAUCAAACUAACCAAUGCUCUUGCCUCGACACCCCCCUCCUCCCCUGCCAUCACCUACCUCUCCAUCUCAUCUCUCCUUCGUCUGCUGGCUCCUAUUGCCCCAGCUCUGGCCUCCGAGUCAUGGGAGGUUCUACACACCAGUACCACUGCAUCAUCCAUCCUCACAUCCCCUUGGCCAAGCACACUUCUCUCACCAGAGCAAGUCGAAACCCUCUCUUCUCGUGGUGGCCAAACGAUCGCUCUUCAAAUCAAUGGCAAGCUCCGAUGUGCUGUCACUAUCCCGAGCAUGGAAUCAGCAUCUCCGCAGAGCAAGAAAGGCCUCUCGCAGGAAGAACAGGAUUGGAUCGUCAGUCGAGUCUUGGAGACUGCUGAGGGUAGAUCGUGGCUCUGUGAGAAGAACGAUUGGGAAAAGAGGCGACGAGUGAUUGUUGUCAAGGGGAAGCUGGUCAAUGUUGUUUUCUGA